AUGUUUAUCAACGCGAAACUUGAUCCACAAACAGCUCGUUACGCAACGCUGGCUAUCGGUGUCGUCUACUUCUUGUUCGCUUGUUCGGCUCCUUUGUUGAUUGAUCGAGUUGGGCGAAGGCCACUUUCUCUAUUCCAAUUGAUCGCCUGCCUCAUUGCUCUAUCGCUGCUCACUCUGUUCACAGGAAUUCAACAAUACGAACAAGCGACUUGGGCAAGUUACGGAACGAUCGGCGCGCUCGUUUUGUACAUGUGCGUGUAUGGGGUCGGCUCGCCGAUUCCCUGGAUGAUCACCGGAGAGCUUUUCAAUCAACAUUUCCGUUCAACGGCUGUCACGGUCUCGGUCUUUGCCGCCUACUUCAUGGCGAUGAUUAUCUCAUCAGCGUAUCUACCAUUUCAACAGAUGGUCGGUGUCACGUUCAGCUACAUGCCUUUCAUUGUGGUCAGUUGUAUCUCGAUUGUCGUUCUGUAUUUCAUUCUACCCGAAACAAAGAAUCGUGAUGUGAAUGACAUUGUGAAUGAGGUGAGAGCACGGAAUCACUCGCUCAGUCUCGGAAUGCCGUGGAAUUCGCUGUCGCAAGAGGGACGGACUGAGAACAAGCACAUAGAGGCACUAAGCCCAUCAAUACACUCGUGUCGAUUGGAAAGCAUUCGUGAACAUGAACAAAAGAACAUUCGAGAGUUUUGUGAAAUUCUAGGCAAAUUU